UUGAAUUGUAUCAUGUUUUGGAGUGUUUACAAAGAUUUUCAACAAAUAAAUAGUUACCGAGAAAAUGGCACUAGAUGAUUUUAUGGAGGAUGCAUUUGCAGAAGCUCGUCUUGCGCUGUCCGCCGGUGAGGUACCCGUUGGUUGUGUUUUCAUUUACAAUGGUACAAUAAUAGCACGCGGUGGUAAUCAAGUUAAUGCCACAAAAAACGCUACACGUCAUGCUGAAUUCAUCUGCAUCGAUCAGGUUCUGAAAUAUUGCUCAACAAAUAAUUUAGAUUAUUCCAAUGUUUUCCCACAUAUUUCUGUAGUUGUAACAGUGGAGCCAUGUAUAAUGUGCUCCGCUGCUUUGCAUGAUCUAAAAGUGAAGGAAAUUAUUUAUGGUUGUUCUAACGAUCGUUUUGGCGGCAAGACAGUGGUUGACGUGAAACAAGUGAUGGGUUAUUGUUUGAAUAUAAAGGGUGGCUUGAGAGCAGACGAGGCUAUGGAAUUGCUUAAAGAUUUUUAUAAAGGUGAAAAUCCAUCGGCACCGUUGGCGAAAAGUAAACGAUGAUUUAGUUAUGCAUAUGUACAUAGAUGUUUAAUUUAAUUUAAAACUCGUUUAGAGACAUAUAAUAUAUUUGUGUUAACAAAUUGUACCUAUUGAAACAAAGCUAAAGACAGCAAUUUAUAUAAAAAAAACCAGUCACUACACUACAAUGAUCUAGGAUGGUAAAGCAGUGUUUCGUAUCCUAAUGGCUUUAUCAGGAUCAAAAGGAAAUAACAAUAAAAGUAAUUUCAAAAAAAAUCAAAUAUGUAAUUUCAUUUAUUAAAUAACUUUUUUAAUAUUUACGAAGAAAACUAAAAAAUAAUUAUUUUGGAGAUUUCUUAAAUGUCUAAUAAAGGUUAAUUUUUUUCUUACCUUA